AUGUUACGGUCCGUAUUCCUGCAUUCUGAUCGUUCUAAAAAACUUGGUUUUAAUGAAUAUAUACAAUCAGAUCCAUGUAAAUUUGAGCAUCAUGAUUUAUUUAAGUAUCUACAAACAGCCACAUUGGAUUUUCAACUUAGUGAUCUUAAUUGUUCGUUGAAAAAUAUUGUGCACGUACGUCAUUGUCUGAGGUACUUGUAUUCUCUAUCAGAUUUACUCGUUCGAGCUGAACAAAACUUUAUGAUGGAUCCACAAUUAUUACACUAUAGUUAUGUACAUUGUGUAAUACAUGUAUCUGGAAUUGGAUCAGACAGUAACAUUGCUACAAUAAGUGUAGAAGAAAGAGUUCGAUUCAAUGAAAUUAAAGGUCUAAAACAAUUUCUCGAACAACAAGUAACAAAUUUUCGCGUUUCAUUUCCAUUUGGACGACCAGAUGGUGCUAUAAAAGCGACACUGAGUUUAUUAGAACGUGUAUUAACUAAAGAUACUUCAACGCCAACAUCACGCGAUGAAAUGACGCUCUUGAGAACGCAGCAUACAUUAGUUACACCAGAGUAUCAGAGCACACAAACAUAG